CCCUCCCUUCUCCCAAACCUUCCCCCCCCUCCCCUCCCCCGGGCUCCCCGCCUCCCGCAGCAGCAGUAGGUGUGUAUGCAAGAAUCACGGUAAUAAAGAGGGAGGGAGAGGCCGCCAGAGACCACCCAGCCCCCGGCGCCCCGAAGGAUGCUGCUGCGGUGCCGCUGCUAGAGGACACGCUGGGAUUUAGCUCGCCUCUGAGACUCUCUCUCUGUCUCCCGCUCUCUCCCUCUCUCCCCUCUUCCUUCUCCGCAGAGGGGGUGCCGGACGGGGGGCGAGGCCCUUCCACCCUCUUCCUCCUCCUCCUCCUCCUCCUCUUCGUCUCCUGCCCGGCCGCGGGAAGCCCCUCUCCAUGAUGCAGGCUCGCUACUCCGUCUCGGACCCCAACGCUUUGGGAGUGGUGCCGUAUUUAAGCGAGCAGAACUACUACCGGACGGCGGGGACGUACGGCGGCAUGGGCAACCCCAUGAGCGUCUACUCGGGCCACGCCGAGCAGUACGCGGCGGGCAUGGGACGUUCCUACGGCCCCUACCACCCCCACCAACCCGCCGCCCCCAAGGACCUGGUGAAGCCACCUUACAGCUACAUCGCCCUCAUCACCAUGGCCAUCCAGAACGCCCCCGACAAGAAGAUCACGCUCAAUGGGAUUUACCAGUUCAUCAUGGACCGCUUCCCCUUCUACCGAGAGAACAAGCAGGGCUGGCAGAACAGCAUCCGCCACAACCUCUCCCUCAACGAGUGCUUCGUCAAGGUGCCCCGCGACGACAAGAAGCCGGGCAAGGGCAGCUACUGGACCCUCGACCCCGACUCCUACAACAUGUUCGAGAACGGCAGCUUCCUCCGCCGCCGGCGACGCUUCAAGAAGAAGGACGUCUCCAAGGAGAAGGAGGAGGCCCGGGAACGGCUGCUGAAGGAGCAGCCCAAGCCCCCCGGCUUGCCCGGCGCCGAGCUCCCCAAGGAAGCCUCCUCCUCCUCCUCUUCCUCCUCCUCCGCCUCGGCGCCGGCUUCCGAGAAGAAGGUGGUCAUCAAAAGCGAGACGGCAUCCCCCGACCUGCCCGUGAUCACCAAGGUGGAGACGCUGAGCCCGGCCAGCGGCGGGGCUUUGCGGGACAGUCCCCGCAGCGCAGCCUCCCCCCCCGCCGCCGCUUCCCCCGAAGCCCCCCUCCCGGAGCAUCACCCCGCCGGGAACGGCUUACCGGGUUUCAGCGUGGAAAGCAUCAUGACCCUACGGACUUCCCCCGCGGGGGAUCUCAGCCCGGUGAGUGCCGCCUCGGGCAGGACGGGAGCCUCGAUGCCGUUGGGCUACCCGGCCGGGCAACCGACGGGCUACGGCGCGGCGUGCGGCCAAGCCCUGGACACUAGUGGGAGCUACCACUGCAGCGUGCGGGCCAUGAGCCUCUACAGCGGCGAGAGGCCGGGCCACAUGUGCGUCCCCCCCUCGGCGCUGGAGGAGGGGCUGACCGAGCAUCCCACCGGUGCCCCGUCGCCCCUCGGCACCCUGAGCCUGCCCUCGGGGCAGGAGGGUGCCUUGGGGACCGGGCAUCCCCACGGUGGUGGGGCCGGAGGAGGAGGAGCGGGGGGGGGGCAACCCACCGCUUCUUGGUACCUCAAUCACGGGGCUGAGUUGAGCCACCUGCCCGGGCACACUUUUGGCUCUCAGCAGCAGACUUUUCCCAACGUUCGGGAAAUGUUCACCUCGCACCGGCUGGGGAUGGAGAGCGCCUCGCUCAGCGACCACCAGGUGAGCAGCAACUCCGCCUGUCAGAUCCCCUACAGAUCCGCGCCCUCCCUAUACCGCCACGCCGCCCCUUACUCCUACGACUGCACUAAGUACUGAGUAGCCGCCACCCCCUCCUCCCUCCCCCCGCCCAGGGCCAUCCGCCAAAAAAAACCCAAACCCCCCAAACAACCCCCAACCAACAACCCAAAAAUUAAAAAAAAAAAAAAAUUACUACUAAUUAUUAUUAUUAAAAAAGAUCGGGAGAAAUAAAACCGCACCAAACGCUUCGGACGCAGGAAAAAAAAAUAAUAAAAAAAAUCUGACAGCUUCCCCGUGGACCUGGGAGCCACAGAGUUUGUAGAUUCCCGUUUCGGGCCUCCUUAAAUUCCAGGCAAGUAAAUUCUACUUGAAAAGGGGGAUCUCUCCUAACAAAACAAAACAAAAAAAUUAAAAAAAAAAAAAAAGAAUAAUUCUAUAUAUAUAUGUCUAUCUAAAAGUGGCAAAUUUUAUAUGCUAAAGUAUAGGGGGUCUCAGAAAAAUAAGUUAUGGACCAAUAUCACAACAUCCAUUUAUACGUUUUAAAAGAAAAAAAAAGUAUAUAAAUAUAUAUAUAUAAAUAUAUGUCCUGGGUAUUUUUUAAGUUCUCUGUUGUGCUGUAAAAAAUGUGUGGAUUUCUAAUCAGGCUGAUUUUCAGAGCCAUUAAUAUAAUAUUUAAAGUUGAGUUCACUGGAUUAUUUUUGUCUCGCCCAACGAUUCCUAACUUCCAAAUUAAUGACAAGUGAUUUCUUGUUCUUCUUCUUCUUCUGUGUACAAUUAUGCAAUACAGUUUCUUUCGUUUUAGAGCUGUUCUUUUCGCAAGACGAGGAAAUAAUUUAUUUUUUGCUGGUGGAUUUUUUUUUUGAAAGGAAAAAAAAGACAAA